GUUUACGCCUGUGCUGUUCUCUUUGCUCCUCUGGUAUAGUUGGCGGUCGGCCCCCUUGGCACGUUUUGCGCGCCAGGGGCGCCCAGCGCCGAUCCAAGAAUUCCGUGCGGAAUUCCGACGAUUUCUGUUUAUGUUGGCACUCGUUCUCUGAAGUGCGCCAUCGGAUUACAUGGUCCCGCACACGCCUCCAGCCAUGAUUUGCGAACCCCUCUUUUGGACGCCCCCGAAUAGUUGGCGCCGCCCCACCCUGCGACAGCAAGACGCCCAUGGAUGGCGGUCGCGAGCGGUGCGGAGCUGGCGCGCGGGAUCCUACAGGGCCACGCCGCUUCCGGCGGCGUGACCGCCUUGGUGGCGCAGCAGGCCCUCCGGACGCCGCACUCCCGGGCGCUGGCGGCUGGGCCGGGGAGCGCGGUAGCCUACGGCGAGCUCUGGGCCGCGGCGUGGCGCGCCGCUUCCGGGCUGGUGCGCGGCGGGCUGCGCGCGGGCGGGCACGCGGCCGUCUUCGUGGACGAGGGCGCGGGGCUGGUGACCACCGAGUUGGCGGUCUGGCUGGCGGCCGGCGUCGUGGUGCCCCUGGACGCCGCCUGGCCGCGCGAGCGCCUGCUGUUCCUGCUCGCCGACGCCGCGGCGGAGGUCGCGACCUGCGGCCGUGCGCAGCGCGCGCGCCUUGACGGCCUCGCCGUACCACUGCUCUGCCACGAGGACCUGCAAGCGGCGGAGCCGCUGCCAGGCUCUGCGGGGCGGCCGCCGACGCGGGCGGACGCGGUCAGCCACCUGAUCUACACCACCGGCGGCUCCACUGGGCAGCCCAAGGCCGUGGCGUGCUCCCACGCGGCGCUGCGGGCGUACCUGGUGGCGAAGCCUCCGGUGCACGGCGUCACCGCUGGCGCCGUGGUGCUGCUGGUCUCGGCGCACACUUGGGACCCGUCAUUGGGCGACACGUUCUCCUCGCUGGCGGUCGGGGCUACGCUCGCGCUGGCGCCGCGGGGGAAGCUGGUGGAGGCCCUCCCGGACGCGGUGCGCGACUCCGAGGCCUCGCACGCCUGCGCGACGCCCGCGGCGUGGUCUCUGCUCGGCCGCGGCGGCGGCGGCGGCGCGCUGCCGUCGCUGCGGACGGUGGCGCUCGGGGGCGAGCGGAUGCCCAGGGACCUGUCGGACGCGUGGUCGGGGCGUGUCCGUUUACUCUCGGCGGCGACCCGAAGCCUUACCAUACCAGACUUGGCACCACUGCGUGCCCUCUCGGCCCGUGCUGGCUGGGAUCCCGCUGCGGCGCGUGCUGGUCAGGGUCGGCGAGGAUCAGGAGGUCCUGCUCGCGGGCCCGCAGCUUGCUGAUGGGUACUGGGGCCGUGCGGAGCUCACCGCCCAGCGGUUUGUGGACGACGUGGAGUUCGGGCAGCGAGCGUUCCGGACUGGCGACCUGGGCCGGUGGGAGGACGGUGCCUUGGCCGUGCUCGGGCGCCGCGACAACCAGGUCAAGGUCAGGGGUCUGAGGGUGGAGCUGGAGGAAGUCGAGGCCGUGCUGCACAGCUCGGGCCUUUCGCUGCAAGCCGUCGUGGCCAAGGUGGGCGAUGCCCUGGUCGCGGCCUGCGUGCUGGCCGGCUCCGCCGCGGGGGGCGCGGCAGUGCUGCGGCACGGCGGGGAGGUGCUGCUCCGCGCGCACUGCGGCGACGAGAUGCCCGCGCACCAGAUCCCCGCCCGGCUCUCGGAGAAGAGUGCACGCCGG